AUGGAGCGCUACUACAUCCUGACUGCAGCAGCUCAGCAGGGGGAGCGUGAACUCACCGGGGUCAGAGUGUACUUCAGUGUGAUCGAUGUCAAUGACAACCCACCAGUGUUCAGCCAGAAUGACUUUUCGGCAUCCAUACCAGAAGACUCACCUGUUGGAAUGUGCUUUCUAAAUCUCAAUGUUACAGAUCGAGAUGAGGGUAUAUUUGGAGAAGUGGAUUUGAUGGUGACAUCUGGAAACCUUGAGAACAAGUUCUCUAUAAACCAGCAUCAAACUCUAUGUAUAAGAGGGAAGUUAGACAGAGAAACAAACGCUAUGUAUAGUCUCAUUGUCCAGGCCAAUGAUCGUGCUCUACCUACAGAGGCCCGACUUACAACCUCAGUGCAUGUCACUGUCUAUCUUCUGGAUGUCAAUGAUAACUCCCCUCUCAUCACAACCCCAAGUACUGUUCGUUUUCCAGAGAACGCACCUCUUCAUUCUGUUGUUACGGUUAUACAGGCCACAGAUGCUGAUGCUGGAUCCAAUGGUGAAGUUGUUUUCAGCUUUGAGAGUGCAGAAGAAGAACCGUUUAGUAUAAAUAGUUCAACUGGGGUUGUGUACCUGCGGAAGCAAUUGGACAGAGAAAGUGAGGAUGUUGUCACAGUCACACUGAACGUCAAAGAUAAAGGUGUUCCUUCAUUGUUCAGCUCAAUGUACCUCACAGUGCUUAUUGAGGAUGUAAACGAUCACAAUCCAGAGUUCACUCAAAGCUCCUACAGUCUUUCAGUUUAUGAGACUGUACCUCGUGGAACAAGCCUGCUCAGAGUUAACGCGAGUGAUCAAGAUAUUGGGUCAAAUGGGCAGGUGCGCUUCUCUGUCUCAGAGAGUGAGUUCAUGGUAGACUCUGUUCUAGGUGUGGUCUCGGUGAAAGACAAGAUGGACCGUGAGAAGAAGCCUUUCUACAUCUUUUUUGUCAUAGCAGAAGACCAGGGAGAUAUUCAAAGGUCCACCACAGCAACCAUUAACAUCGCAGUCCUGGAUGUUAAUGACUGUGUUCCUCUUUUAUCACCUGAAUCACUGACAUUGCAUGUCUUUGAAAAUGGGGAAGACUCUACUCAGCACUCUCAUCAGAUACAUGCCUCUGAUGAAGACUCUUAUGAAGUUAACGGUCAGAUGACAUAUUCUAUAGAAUCAGGAAAUGAUGAAAGUCUCUUCUCACUUCAUCCCAAUGGAACAUUCCAAAUCUUAGAAGAUCUUGAUAGGGAACUGAAAAGCCAAUACAUGUUAAAAGUUAAUGCUGCUGAUUCAGGAUUUCCAUCACUGACUGGCACAGGCACCUUGGUUAUUGUUGUUGAUGAUGUCAAUGACAACAUUCCAAUAUUUGACAGGGAGUGGUUCAGUACUCACAUAUUGGAGGAUUCUCCGGUUGGGACUGUUUUUCUGAGAGUUGCAGCAUCAGACUUAGAUGAUGUCCAAGUUUAUAAGGAUGUCCUCUCUGAGGAUUCACCCAAAGAAACCCUGGUGGCAAUUGUCACUGCAGAAUCACAAAGAAACACACCGAUGUCUUUCUAUCUGGCUUCUGGAAACUUUGGGGAGGUUUUUGAGCUUCACCACAGCACUGGUGUGCUGACUGUCAAGGAUCCCUUAGAUUUUGAAAGCAACAUGCAUUUUCAUCUAAUAGUUGAAGCCAGAGACUCAGGGAUACCGCCUUUUUCAUCAUAUGCUGAACUUAAUUUGAAUAUCAGUGAUGUAAAUGAUAACCCACCAGUGUUCUCGCAAAACAUCUACAGAUGUGAAGUGUAUGAGAACUUGGCUUCAGGAAGGGUGUGUAAUGUGUUAGCAACUGAUGCAGACUCUGGAGUGUUUGCAGAGGUGGAGUAUUUUAUUUUGGCUGGUAACAUUGAGGGUGCAUUUAAAAUAGACAAAAUUCAUGGCAUUCUUUCCACAACAAAACGUUUGGAUCGAGAAAAAAUACCGUAUUAUAAUCUUACCCUGAAGGCCAUUGAUAAAGAAAACAACAGUCUUUCAGCCAUCGCAACAGUUAUCAUUAUAGUUCUUGAUACAAAUGAUCAUGCACCUCGUUUCUCACAGAUUUUCAUCACAGAGGUUCCUGAGGAUGCUCCUCUUGGCUUUCCAGUCAUUCAGAUAGCUGCUACAGAUGAAGAUGUUGGUCUAAAUGCUGUAAUUGAAUAUACAAUCAUUGGCCAAAAUAGUGAAUUCCCGUUUAGUAUUGAUAAAACCACGGGCAUUUUACUAGUACUUCAUCCUUUGGACAGAGAAGAUCAAAAUCACUAUAUAGUAAAGGUUAACGCAAAUGAUUCUGCUUGGAGCAUCAGCACAGACGUCACCAUAGACAUUACAGAUGUCAAUGACAACACGCCGAUCUUCUAUCAACCACGUUACACUCUCACUGUUCCUGAGAUGAAGAUGCAUGAAGUUUUCCUUCUCCAAAUUAGCGCUACUGACCGGGAUCUUGGUGAGAAUGCCCAAAUCCUUUACUUCAUUGACCCACCAAAUGAACUUUUUUUGGUUAAUGCAUCAACUGGGAAAAUUUCAACCAAACAGCCCAUUGUUCUCCAUGAAUCUGAAUCUGUAAAUUUGACUUUCACUGUUGUGGCGUCUGAUUGCGGCAGUGUUCCUUUGAACAGCUCUAGCAUUGUUUCAGUGACAUUAGUACGGCAUAAUCAAUUCCCACCCUCGUUUAUACCCUUCAGGCCUUUAGUACCAGUUCCUUUAACCCUGGAUGUUGGAACAGAAGUGAUCCAAAUAUCUGCUAUAGAUCAAGAUUCUCUUGUAAGGAACAACAGUGUUGAGUACUUCAAUAGUGGUGGCAAUGGAUCUCUUUACUUUGAGGUAGAACAUAACAGCGGAAGAGUGCUGGUAAAUAAAACUUUAGCGAAUAGCCUUGGCACCAUCCUAACACUUCAAAUCACUGCCAAAGAUAAAGGCCUUCCUCCUUUUUUUGCACAGACUGAAAUCAGUUUUGAAGUUACACAUGAGAACCUUUUUGCACCACAUUUUCUUAACAGAAAAGUCGAGUUUUUUGUUCCGGAAGAUUUGCCCAUUGGUUCAGUUAUUGGAAAAAUCCAGGGCAAAGAUAAAGAUGCUGGCAUCAAUGGUGUUAUUUCCUAUUCUUUUGAUGGUGGGAAUGAAAAUGGAUUGUUUUCCAUAGGACAAUCUUCAGGAUUGAUAAUGCUUGUUAAAGCACUUGACUUUGAGGAAUUUGAAACUCAUCAUCUAAACGUCAUUGCUGAGGAUGGAGGCUGGCGUCCCAAGAUGGAGAGAAUUAAUAUCACAGUAUAUGUAACAGAUUUAAACGAUAACCCUCCUUUAUUUACAUCCACAAAUUACAUUGCCACAGUUUCAGAAAAUGCUUUAAUUGGUACCUCAGUUUUGCAGGUUUGGGCGAAGGAUGCUGACACAGGAAUUCACUCCCAAAUCACAUAUACGCUUAUUGCCGGAGACAUCCUUCUCUUCUAUUUGGACACCAAAAAUGGCACAAUCACCACUUUAGAUAUAUUUGAUUAUGAGCAAAAACAGCAUUAUGAACUUACAGUCAAAGCCACCAACAUCGGGUUUCCAUAUUUGUUUGAUAUUGCCCGUAUACACAUCCAGAUUGCUGGCCUCAAUGAAUUCAUCCCUGCUUUUCAAAGACAUAUAUAUAACUUCACAGUGUCAGAGGCUUUGCCACCACAAACUGAAAUAGGAAGGGUUGUUGCCAUUGACUAUGACCAAGGGCCUGAUGGAGAAGUGUUUUAUGUGCCUGCUGGACAAAGUAAAAAAGCUAAUUUUGUGGUGGAUGAGCAUACAGGAAUAAUAUAUGUCUCGAAAGAUUUGAAAAAUCGCCUCCAAAAUAAUGAAAUUCUACGGGUGCUGGCAAAAAACAGAGGGGCUAUUACAGGAUUUAAUGUUGAUGAGACAUUGAUACAUCUAGACAUACUAGAUGAAAACGAUCCCCCUAAUUUUGAUUCAAUGCUUUACACUGCAACAGUGUCAGAGGACAUCUCGAUUGGGACAUCUGUAACUAAAGUCAAAGCGGUGGACCAGGAUGUGAUCCUAGAAUGGAGCAGGUUUUCUUAUAGCAUUGAACAUGGAAAUAUCAAUAGUUCCUUCAUUAUAGAUCCCGUCAGUGGGGUAAUUUCCAUUAACAGUCACCUGGAUAGAGAAAUGUGGGCCUUCUAUAACCUGACUGUCAUUGCUGUUGACGAGGGCUCUCCUGCUGUAACCGGAAGCACUAAGGUAGCUAUCGUCGUUUCUGAUGUCAAUGACAAUCCUCCCAAACUGCUGACCACAGAAGGGUUUAUUCGAGAAAACCAACCUGCUGGCACUCUGGUCUCCACCUUAGCAGCCACAGAUGAUGAUCUUCCUCCAAAUCAAGGUCCUUUCACGUACUGGAUGAUGAGACCUGCUGAGGGUUUUUCACUCUCAUCUGAUGGCGUUCUUGUUACCUCAAGACCCUUUGAUCGGGAGCGCAACCCUCUUUUUCAUAUACAUAUUGUGGUUCAAGAUGCUGGUAAGCCACCAAUGUCCUCCACCACUAUGUUACAUGUUAAAGUUCUUGAUGAAAAUGACAAUGCACCGCUCCAGAGAAACAUUAAUAUAUUGGUGAAAUAUUAUGGAAGUUCCUUCCCAGGAGGACUAAUCGGAAAUGUAAGACCGUCCGAUCAGGACGAACUGGAUGUCUUCAAUUGUACAAUCAAAAAUGGGCCACUUAGGAUGUUUAGUUUCCCAUUUGGGAUGUGUAAUUUGUGGUCGUCCCCUUACCAAGGAGAGGCAACAUAUAAUAUUUCAGUUGAAGGGAGUGACCAGCUCCACCCUUCGGUCAACAACAGCAUCUACGUCAAUUACAAAGGUUUUACCAAUGUCUCUCUGGACAAUUGCGUGUUGUUCUACAUCUCUAUAUCAACUCUUGAGGAAUUUCUGUCUUUGAAGUAUUUAAAAUUCGUCAAAGCUUUGGAUAGCCUCUUUAACCUACAAGCUUCCAAAACACAUGUGUUUGGAAUGAAGUUGCAAGGAGAUAAAAUGCUGCUUCUUGCUGCAGUGAAAAGCUACAAUGGUCAGUAUCUAACUGGAGAGGUGGCAAGCGGAAUAUCAAACAUGCAUAAAAAGUUACUGGAAGCACAAAGCAAUGUGACUAUAUUCCAAAUAACCAGUGACCCAUGUAUGCUCCGUCCUUGCCAUAAUGGUGCCACCUGCAACAGAAACAUUCACAUCAGUCAGGAAGUUGCUGUGUUGGAAAGCUCCAGUCUUAUAUUUGUUUCUCCAUAUUUUGUGGAGAUCUUUAACUGCUCUUGUCGAGCAGGCUUUACAGGUGAUGCAUGUGAGCUAGACUUUGAUGAAUGUACCAAGGAGCCUUGUAAAAAUGGGGGAAGCUGCUAUAACAAUCCAGGAACUUAUUUUUGUCAAUGCAAAGAUGGAUUCUCAGGAUCACACUGUACUAUAGUUGAUAAUGAAUGUCAAUCAGUAAAUUGUUUAAAUGGAGGAACGUGUUGGAACAGACAGGGAGGGUUCAUCUGUGAUUGCAGCCCAGGCUAUGAAGGAACAUUUUGUGAUCAUAUUGUUGACCACUGUGGUUCCUCCCCUUGUGUAUAUGGAACCUGCUCCAGUUUUCUAACAGGUUACUCUUGCCAAUGUCCAUUUGGUGUGAGUGGAGUUGAUUGUGAAAAGCACAGUUAUGGCUUUCAGGAACUUUCUUAUAUAGAAUAUCCUCCAUUGGAUCCACAAUAUAACUUCAUCUAUUUGGAAUUUGCGACUGUUCAACAAAACGCCUUGCUUGUGUACAACCAUGGUGACCCAUCAACUUCAGACUUCCUGGCCCUUGAAAUAGUGAGUGGAAGACUGUGCCUGUCUUAUGAUCUUGGAUCUGGAGUCAUACGAUUGGAAACAGGCAAGAUAGUGGUUGAUGGAAGUUUUCACAACAUCACCGUAAGAAGAACUGGAAAUAUAGCCUCUCUUGAAAUAGACAACUGCUCUGUCCAUGAUCCGCAAGGAUUUUGCUUGUCGCAAAAUGGUGCCACUGGAACCCAAAGGACUCUGGAAGUGAGCUCAAAUAACAUGACGUUUGGUGGCGUAAAGUCCAUUGAUGUCAUUUUACAAAGGCAAAUCAGGACUCAUAACUUUGUUGGCUGUAUGAGUAACAUGCAAGUGAACAACUUCAGUCCAGAUUCCUUAAAAUCUUUGGCGUCCCAGAAUGUUCUUAAUCGAUGUCCACAAAGAGAUAUUCCUCCAUGUGAAACCGCAGUGUGUUUGAACGAAGGAGUUUGUCAAGACCGAUGGUCGCACCAUCGCUGCCAGUGUAGAGACCAAUUCACAGGACCCAACUGUGCCAUGAAUUUGGCUGAGCAGAAUGUAUUGUUUCUAAACGGCGAGGCCUACAUUGAGUUUGCCGUCAAGGAAACCUACAGAAGAAACCAGCUUCUCCAAGCCAUCCUGGAUGGGGAGGAAGGAGACUCUCAGGGAUUUGACAGUGUUGAGAUCAAGAUGAGGACUGUCAGAACAAAUGGCGUUUUGGUUAUGUGCUGGUGUCAAACUGCUCAUCUGAAACUUAAGAUAUCAGAUGGAAAACCUCUGUAUGUGUUCACCAAUGUCACAUCCGGGCAGCGGCUAGAGCUCUCAAUGGAGGGAAAUGUAUCCGAUGGACAGUGGCAUGUGAUUCAGCUGCGCAGAAGAGGCUCAUACAUCUCUCUGUUUCUGGAUGAACGGCCUGUAGUGAAUACCACCAAUGGCACCAUAACUCACUCCGCAUUCUUAGUGGAGACCAUUUUUCUGGGCUCUGCUCCACUGAGAGAAUCCAAAGAUGUCCCAGGGAUGAUUCAAAAUUUAGGUUUCAGAGGCUGUGUGGAAUACAUCAAAUUCAAUGGUCGCCUCCUGUCCUUCAAUGGCUACAAUGAGAUAGUUGAUGCCAGCUCCAGCCCACCUGUCUUCCAAACCUUCUGCGUAUCUCCAAACCACUGCGUUCUGACUCCAUGUCUGAAGGAUUCCUGUCUAUCUGAGCCCUGCUGGAAUGAUAGUGACUGUGGGUCUUCUUCCAAAGACGACUACUGGUGCAUCUGUCUGCACAAUGUGUCCUCGUGUGGACCUUGCUUAUCUGACAAAGUCCACAGCGAGGCCUGUUCUCAAACCCAAAAGAGCGCCCCCUUAUGGAUUGUAGCAGUUAUUAUUCCCAUUGUCCUUAUUCUUCUGAUCCUAGUUCUCUGUAUUGUCCUUAGAAGACAAGGCAAAACCUGUCAGGGUGAAAAGAGGCGUCAAAUCUACCUCAUGCCACCAAGCAAACAGCAUGGCACGGAUAACCUGGCAUUUAGUUUAGGCCCUGCUGAUGAGUCUUCUCGGAAUGUCUCAAAUGAAGCCUGCAAGCAACCUGAUCUAAUAAGACCAAGGGAUCCUGUGCAAGGAGUUGAAAGCUGUUAUGAAAGUGGACCUUGUUGUCAUGUCUCAGGUUUUGGAGGGAGUGAACUGGAGUACUAUGAGAUUGACAGCACAUACUCGGAUGUGAACACCCUACAGCUGAAGAAGGAGGAUGAACGUGGAGAUCAGGUGAAUGGCAAUCCAAAGGUUUCUCAAUCCAUCAUGCAACCUCAAACGAAUCAUAAUCCAUCUCCUACACUUCAUCAGAGAACAUCCGGAGGUGAUUUUCACCAGUGGCAACGUCAAUCCCAAUUGUUCUUCAAGAGAAAACUGGAUCCUGAUCUGACAGGCCCUCCACAACAUCUCUCGGCAGAUGAAGUUGAGAAACUGAACAACCCACGGGACCACAAGGGAUACCCCCAUCAGAAUUUCAGAGAGUGUCCCAUAAAGCCAUGCAGAGAUGGGCCAGUAGAGACAUCAUCAGAGAGUGAAAGCCACUGCUCCUUCACCGGCUCAGAGUUUGACUGUGAGAGAGAACUGUCACUCAUCAGCUCACACGACAAAGAUGAACAUCCACCUGAAGGCAAGGACACAUGCGGUUUCAGUGAUCUAAAAUUAAACAUGGUUUAAAAAUAGUGUGAAUAUUGG